ACAAGCCCAGAAAAAUAAGAUGCCACCAUGGCAUCAGCUACCACUACUACAAUGUUAGAUCACACGUGAAUGACCAGACUCAUGGUGUUAGUGCGCACGUGACCAACCAAGAUCAAAACCUAACCCCGUCCAUUUUUAUAAAUUACUUGCACGACUAUCUUGGAUUCCCAUGUGCAAAAUGGCUGGGCAGAAAACUUUCACUCUCUCACAGGUGGCCCAACACAGAUCCAAAAAAGAUUGCUGGUUUGUCAUCAACGGCAGAGUACUCGACGUGACAAAGUUCUUGGAUGAGCAUCCAGCAGGAGGAGAGGUGCUUGUAGAGGUUGCAGGAAAGGAUGCGACGAGGGAAUUCAGUAACAUUGGACACAGCAAGGAAGCCCAAAACUUGCUCCUGAAGUACCAGGUUGGUGUUCUUCAGGGUCACGCUUUCAAUGAGGCAGACAAGUAUGCUUCUUUCGUGGAAUCCAAGCACAAAGAAAUGAGUGCCUUUGUGAUCAAGGAUGAUGAUAAAAUGCCCAAGUAUCAAGCUUUUCUUGAGUUCGUCCUGCCAUUAGUGUUUACUGGUUUCUACUUUGGUUACCGGUAUCUUUAAGAGUUGUCUGUCACUUGAUCAGCAACUACCUCUGUAAGGCUUACCGUUAAUAAAAUGCAUCAGGAACAUUUCCUUUC